AUGGUCUCCCAGCCAGAAACUUCGAGCUCAGUCUCCUACCGUGGUCCGUCGUCCGUCGUCUCCCGCCCGUCCCUGUCACGCACGAAACGAUACAACCGUUCCCACGUCGGCGGCGCCUCCUAUAUUCCUCAAAAUGAGUUCCCGGUCUUCUCUCAGAGCGGCGACGUGGAGAUUGUCAUUCGGGUGACGGGCGGUUCGGUCGAGAACAGAUAUCUGCUGCACCGCCAUACUCUGACCAGGUGCAGUGGUUUCUUCGAGGCCAGCACCUCCGAGCAAUGGUCCAAGGCACGUCCACUGCUUGCUGGGGGCAAUGAGCUGGCAAGGAUAGGAGAGCACGACACCCCCACCGGUUCUCUCAUCGACAGCGACACGGAGAGGGGAGAUAGCAAGCGCACGCCAAGGAAGCGGUGGAAGUAUGUCCUGGACAUGGGUAAAGACGACAACGAUAUCCCCAUGCUGGUGCAGCAAGACGAAUCGAGAGAUGCGCCCAGAACAAAGGUUCCCUCUAUAUUUGGACCCGGAGAUGAUACAAUGCGGCCAUCGAGCCGCGCCAUGUCAAGAUCAAAAGGAAGCCAUUCACAGUCGGCGUCAGUAUCAUCAAACCGAGACUUUUUCCGCUCAGUCGCAAAUCUGGGGUCUAGUACGAACGGCCACCAUAAUUCCUCAUCAUCAUCCUCGUCCGGCCUCGUAACCAAGGCUGAACAAGAUCUCAUGCGCGAUUACGACAACCUCUUCCGCACCAUGUACAAUUAUCCGCCUGUCCUAGACGGCAUCAACGUAGCCGAUGCGUACGUUCAAUGCAAAAGCCUCCUGAAUCUAGCCGACCAAUACGACGCGCUUGGGGUUGUUGGCCCCAGAGUCGAUCACCAUCUUCUCCAAUUCCAGUCAAGGCUAUGGAGGCAAAUAGCUAAAUAUCCCAUCUCAUACUUACGGCUUGGGUACUUGGCGAAGAGCAAGGUCAUAUUUCAAGAAGCCCUGAUCCAUGUCGUCGGCCAAUGGCCAGCUGGUGAGCGGAGCUUACGCACAGCGCUGCCGGAAGUCGUGCUGGAUAUUAUCGAGGACAAAGUCGACGAGCUUGAAGAAACCGUAAGCCGAGUCGAAGGUCGGCUCUUCCGUCUCGGCCUCACAACAGGACGGGGCGAGCGAGUCACCCCACAAACGAAUUAUUUAGACUGGCUCGCCGUCAGUCUAUUCCGCCAAUGGAUUGCAGAUAACACCGCACCUCAACCUCCUCCUCUCGACCGUCGGCCGUCCCGAGAUGGCCGUGCACCUCUCCCCCCUUCUAUUCCUCCCCUUACAUCCAUCGGACGUGCCUAUCGCACCUUGGGUUCUUCACAGCCAGUCACAUAUUUGAACCACGAUGAGUGCAAGAAAUUCCUGAAACUCACACCAGAAAUGUACACUCGAGACAAUCUUCGGCGUUUCGAGAAACGCAUAGAAGAGCUCAAGUCCAUGGCCCGAGACAUCGUUCGCCCGCUGAUGAACAGCGGCCUUGAGCUGGAGCUGAGUGGCUCAAGCAAGGCGGCAGAGAUCUCCUAUCUGACGUGCACAGAAGUCGGAAAUAGGGAUCUCCCGUGGGCCAUCGAGAAUUAA